AUGGCUUAUAACUCCAAAGAUAACUACCCGCGCCCGGACUUCGUCCACGGAAAUCACAGGUGGACGCCCAUAAACGACGGCUGGUCCAUCCUCUUCGACGACGAGGACGUCGGGCUCAGGGAGCAGUGGCACAUCGCCGGGGUCCCGGACAAAGUGUCCGUCAAACCCACCGCCACCGACGCGGAGGCGGAGGCGCUCGCCCAGCGGCUCGCCGCCUUCCCGGAACUGAAAGAGAAGGGCUUCCAGGCCCCCCGGGACCGCACGUACGAGAAGCGCCCCAUCAACGUGCCCUUCACCUUCCAGACCAAGGCCUCGGACAUCGACGACAACGACGCGCACGAGGUGCUCUGGUACGAGCGGACGGUCGCCGACCCGCGCUCGGACGCGGAGAGGGGCGCCGGAGACCGCGUGCUGCUGCGCUUCGGCGCCGUGGACUACGACGUCACCGUCUGGGCUGCGGGGUAUCCCGUCGCGGCGCACCGCGGCGGCCACGUGCCGUUCGAGGUCGACAUCUCGGACGCGCUGGCGCGCGCCGCCGCCGCGCAAUCGACGGAAUUUUUGCUGGUGCUGAGGAUCCGCGACUCCCCGCACGACCUGGCGCAGCCGCGCGGCAAGCAGUACUGGGCGCCGCAGCCGGAAAGCAUCUUCUACCACCCGUCGAGCGGCAUCUGGCAGCCGGUGUGGCUGGAGGUCGUGCCGCCGACGCGUGUGGGGGAUAGCUCCGCGGGCACCGUGCUGCGCGCUAAUAAUAUUAAAGAAGGGCUCCUCGAGGCAAGGGUCUCGGUGCUGGGAAGGCGUGCGGGACACGCGUAUGCCGUUGAGAUCGAGGGGAGUUUGCACGGUGUGAAGGUCGCGAGUAAGCAAGAGAACGUGCCGGCGGAUAAGGAUUACGUGUUUGUGAAUCUGGGGCUGGAGCUCAGUGAUGAGCAGAAGUCGGGCGCGCCGCCGAGUUUGGCGGAGUGCGCGCCGUAUUACGAUACCCAUAGCUGGAGGGGCAACCUCGCGCUGUGGAGCCCCGAGCACCCGACGCUGUAUGAUAUUUCGAUUCGGCUGUAUGAUGGCGAGGGCGCGCUGCUGGACGAGGUGACGACGUAUACCGGGUUCCGGCACCUGGACUGGAAUAAGGGCGACCGCACGUUCCGGCUCAACGGGUGGCCGCUGUUCCAGGCGCUGGUGCUGGACCAGGGGUACUGGCCGGAAACGGGGCUGACGCCGCCGUCGCCGGAGAGCCUGAAGAAGGAUAUAGAGAUCUCGAAGCGCAUGGGGUUCAACGGGUGCCGCAAGCACCAGAAGGUCGAGGACCCGGUGUUCUUGUACUGGGCUGAUAAGCUCGGAUACCUGGUCUGGGGCGAGAUGGCGAACGCGUACGAGUUCAACGAGGACUACGCGGAGAGGUUCAGCCAGGAGUGGUUGGAGGCUGUGAAGAGGGAUAUUAAUCACCCUUCGAUCGUCACUUGGACGCCUGUUAAUGUAUGUCUACAAAUUUCUUGCUUUUCACCUGCAUUUACAUUGUUUCCUCUCUCGAACUCGGACGAUGAGAGCUGGGCCUACCCUGACCUGAAAGGCAACGUGGAGCAGCGAAAUCAUAUCCGCUCGCUCUACUACCUCACAAAAACCCUAGACCCAACGCGCCCCAUCAACGACAACUGCGGCUGGGAGCACGUCAUCACAGACCUAAGCACCUUCCACGACUACUCGGACGCGCCGGAGCUAGCCAAGACAUGCUCUACUUUAGAAGGCAUCCUAGGCAAGAAGCUCGGCGAUCGCGACUUCUUCGUGGGGCCCACUACCUUGCCCGACGGCAGAAAGGACAAGGGCACGAAGCACAGGGAGGGGGCGCCGGUGAUCUGCUCCGAGUUCGGGGGCGUGAACAUCGCGCCGGCGAAGCGGGACGAGGGCGGCGAGAGGGAUUGGGGAUAUACGACGGCGAGCGACCCGCGAGACCUGCUGAAGCGGUUCGAUAGGCUUCUUAGGGCGGUCGUGGAGCCGGGGCAUAUUUGUGGGGUUGUUUAUACGCAGUUGUCCGAUGUCGAGCAGGAAGUCAACGGCCUGUAUUCGUUCGAUAGGAGGGAGAAGAUCCCGGCGACGGAGGUCAGCAAGAUUGUCGAGGAGGUGAUUAAGGUGUACUAUGAUAGUCUGCCGAAGGAUUAG